CCGACGUAUAUAUUGCCGGGCCGUCGGACACAGCGUCAAGUCGCGGACAGUCGCGGGGCGGACGGACAAGCGGGACCGCGUGGUAUGACAAGGCAGUGCUGACAGCAUGGCAGCUGUAGCGAGGCUGCUGCUGCUGGUGGCAGCGGCAGGAGUCCUCCACGCUAACGCGUUACCACUCGAAGACGGUCAUGGUCUCGUAUACGAGCAUCUCACCAUCAAAAGGGCAAAUGGUGACGUCAUGAUGAACCUGGCCGUGGAGGGCGGCAUGAACGGGCGGCUGCGCUCCCCGGCGGCCUCCACGUCGUGCAAGACGGCCAAGGACGGCGACGACGUCCUGGACUGCCGGCGCUGGCCCGACGGCCGCACGCUGCGCGUCACCCAGCUGCCCAGCGGGUGCUUCUUCGUGGAGUCCAGCGCCACGGCCGGCGUCAUGCAGGACUGCAGGCCCAUCGGCACCGCCAACUGGUUCGGCGGCGGCGAGGAGAUACCCCAGAAGUGGCCGCUGGAGAAGUACGACGACCUGUCGCACGCCAUGGUCACCAUGGAGACGGCCAACCGCGGCAUCCAGGACCCGUUCUGGUUCACGUCGGACGGCAUGUACAUCUUCGUGAAGCCGGGCUCACCGCUCUUCGUGGAGAUCAACAGCAAGGAAAAGCCGGGGGAGUUCUGCAUGACGUCCACGGUGGAGCCGCCCUACCGCGAGCGCAACGGCGGCUUCCAGCACAAAUACUACCUCUGCGAGCGGCCCGACGCCAAGCAGGCCUUCCUGCACGCCGUCGAGAACUUCCUGGGCAAGCCGACCGGGCACCCCGACGAGCGGAUGAUCAAGCAGCCCGUGUGGUCGACGUGGGCCAAGUACAAGGCGGAAAUCAACGACGCGGUGGUCAGGGACUUCGCCACGCAGAUCAAGAACAACGGCUUCGAGAACAGCCAGUUCGAGAUCGACGACGCCUGGGAGACGUGCUACGGCAGCAAGAUCGUGGACAAGACGCGCUUCCCGGACAUGAAGGGCCUCACCGACUGGCUCAAGUCACAGGGCUUCCGCGUCACCAUCUGGACGCACCCCUUCAUCAACACGGACUGCCCCACCUACAAGGAGGCCGGCGACCUCGGCUACCUCGUCAAGAACGCCACCGGCACGAAGACGCACUGGUGGAACGGCGCUGGCGGCAUCAUCGACUUCACCAACCCGGCCGCCGCCAACUGGUUCGAGAGCCGCCAUAAGAAGGUCCUGGAGGACAACGGCAUUGACGGCUUCAAGUUCGACGCGGGCGAGACGAGCUGGAACCCCGCGAUGCCUGAGUUCAACAUCCCCGCCGGCACGGACGAGGACUACCCCAGCAAGGCCACGAAGGACUACGUCGAGACCUGCGCCCGGUUCAACGACCUGACCGAGGUCCGGUCCGCCUACCGCACCCAGACCCUCCCCAUCUUCGUGCGCAUGAUCGACAAGGACUCGCGCUGGGGCGACAACAACGGCCUCAAGUCCCUGGUGACGACGCUGCUGCAGAUGAACAUGGUGGGCUACUCCAUGGUGCUGCCGGACAUGAUCGGCGGCAACCAGUACAACGGUGAGGUGGCCACGCAGGAGCUGUUCGUGCGGUGGCUGCAGGCCAACACCUUCAUGCCCGCGCUGCAGUACGCCCUCGUGCCCUGGGACUACGGCGACAAGGCGGCCGAGACCAUCGCCAUCUCCAAGAAGUUCAACGCGCUGCACGAGCAGUACACUAACGUCAUCGUGGCGGCCAUGAAGAAGAACAUCGCGGACGGCACCCCGGUCAACCCGCCCAUCUGGUGGCUGGACCCCACCGACAAGAAGGCCCUGGCGGAGGACAGCGAGUUCCUACUCGGUGACACGAUCCUGUCGGCGCCGGUGCUGGAGGAGGGCGCCGUGAAGCGCGACGUGUACCUGCCGAAGGGCUACUGGAAGGACGGCAACAACGGCAAGAUGUACACCGGGCCCUACACCAUCAAGGACUACCCGGCGCCGCUGGACACCCUGCCCUACUUCAUCCGGCAGGACAACCCGCCCGCCACCACCGCCAACCCCAACACCGCCCCCACCGCGGCGCCACUGUCGUCCACUACCCCGAAGGGCUCCGCCGCGGCGCUGCAGUCCUCCCUGGCCCUCCUCCUCGCCGCCGUCGCGGCUCUAGUCAGACUCCCGUGAUUUUAUUUUGUAUUACCCUAG